CAGCAAUGGCCCGGUCUCAUAUAUAACUGCUCCAGACAAUAUUUCUCGUCCAUCUAUUACUUCUACUAACAGCGGUAUUCUUUUAGUAUUGAUAGAUUUGUUCGAAAGUUGUAUGGAUACUGGUAUAACAAAAGUAUCCAUUAAAGUAUUGGAAAUUAGUUGUUUGGAGCCUUCGUUACAAGUGCUAUCCAACUGCAGACCCCUUACUGCAGUUGGGGCUCCUCUUUUCCCGAGUUCGCCACAGUAUAGGCAGAGGUUAUUGGCCCAUCAUCUCUGCUUUUCUUCUUCUGAAAGAGUUCUUGCCCUUGUUGAGUCGAUUUGCAUUGGCUCUGGGGUUAAACUAGAUCUACUAUAA